CCAUUUGACCGGUCCCUGGCCAGGGCACACUCUUCCAUGCUCUGGCUGUGCUGUGCUAAGGGCUGAUAAUUUUUCUCCAGGUAAAGUAAAAGAUCAAGGCAUAAACUAUAUAGAUUUACAGAAAAUAGGCCAAAGAUUGAGAUUUUUUUGACACAAGCAAGUCCAGAGAACGUUUACCAUGUAUGGUUACCGGCACCCAAGAAGCCCCAGGGAUUCCCAGACAGAACCACAGAAUGACAAUGAAGGAGAGACCAGUUUGGCUACCACACAAAUGAAUCCACCCAAACGUCGCCAAGUGGAGCAGGGUCCCAGUACAGGUGCAAAAAUACCCUCAAUUUCAGGAGCUCCACACCUGAAUUCAUGCCAGUCCCUGGAACCUCCCCAGGAGCAACAGGAUUCUGGAACUGAGGAGCUCAUCAUAGUCCUGGAACAAGGGACAGAAGUGAGGUUGAGCCUGGAAGAGGGUGUCCUCAUCCUGGCCCCAGAGACAGCGCUGCAGCUGACCCUGGAGAACACAGUCCUUGUGAUUGUCCCUGAGCGUGUCCUGAGGUCACAAGAUGGCCUGCAGUCCCCUGUACAGAUCCAGUACAUCAUGCCUCCCGUUGGUGACUUCAGCUUGGAGUGCCAUGCUCAAGAUGGAGACAUCUCAGACAUGAGAAGAGAGAAUGUGCCUUUUUCACCUGCAGAAGAAGGGGAGGCAGCACCCCUGUAUCAGCAGCCCUGCAUGAUACCCCCAGCAAACCACAUGGCUGGGAUCAGCCCUUCUUUCCUAGUAACCCCAUUGUGCAUUCCACGCUGUCUGACAGCCUUCCCCCAACGCUACCCUCUACCACCCACACCGAGUCCCAUGGGAUGCCCUAGACCAGCCGACUCCAGUUUCAGCCUGCAUGGUAUGGAGCUCUUGUGCACCUCCUCCCUCAGACCUAUGCCCUCUUCACCAAGUCCUGGUCCCCAGAUCUAUCACAGGGUUCACCAUAGGCCUCCCAGCAGGGCACGGAGAUGUCUCUUUAGGAGUUGAUUUAACCCAAGAGCCACCCCCUGCAUUGAUAGGUCAGAGAUUGUCCAAGUCCUUAGUCAGGGCAUUCUCUGAAAUGUGGAGAGAAAGUAAUUCCAAGGACCGCUUGCUUCCCCUUUGCUGUUUCCCAUCAUCACCCACUGUCUUCAACAGCGGAGGGUCCCAGAUGCUGCAGGGAGUGGGAGAACCGCAGGGAGUUCAAAUAAAACAUUCACAUUCCACUUCCCACACACUGUCCCUUAGACUUUCUCUUCCUAUUUAACCACGUACAUCCAACCACACUCAGUCGAAUCCCUGACUGCUCCAUGUGAGAGUUCUGCUUCCAGCAUGACGUGGCCUGAAAAUUCAUCUGAAGACAGCUGCUCACUCCCGGGGCUAACACUGCCCCUUGAAUGCUGACGUCCUUGUAGUCAUUGGUCUGAUGCCACAAUAAAUAAUUCCUAAGGCUGGUGCUCUAUUUCUUCCCUGAGAUUCUCCCCUUUUUCUCCAAGCUGUGCCCCAUUCCUUGUCUUAGUCCAGGUUCCCUACACUCCCCAGGCCAAUGCUUUUGAAUAAAUCUUGAUGUGAUUGAAUGAA